AUGCAGCCGGGCGGCGAGCUGGGCUCCGCCGUGAGCCCGUUCGGCUGGUUCCCGCCGCCGCCGCUCCGCCCGCCCCUCUUUUGCCCGCCGCCUCCUUGGGAGCCCGGCUUCUGGCCGCCGCCUGACGGCUACGCCCCACCGCCGGCAUGGUACCCGCCGGCCUACCAGGAGCCCCUGCGGCGGCCGCACAGUGGUGGAAAUGGCCAUUUUCCCCAGGAAUGGCAAGGAGAGCAAGCGCCUGGAUUUCAUAAGCGUUCUCCAGGUGGAAACAACAGGCAGAAGAACAAAAAGAAGAAGGAGCCAGUUUUCUCUCACUAUUGUGAUACCUGUGACCGAGGCUAUAAAAACCAGGAGAAGUAUGAUGAACAUAUUUCACAACAUACACAGUGCACAGAAGAAGGAUGCAGUUUCAAUGCACAUGAGAAGUUAGUUCAGAUACACUGGAAGAACGUACAUGGACCUGGUGCUAAGAGAAUAAAAUUAGAUAGUCCAGAAGAGAUUGCUAGAUGGAGAGAAGAAAGAAAAAAAAAUUUUCCUACAUUAGCAAACAUUGAAAAGAAGAAAGUUAUGCAGAUGGAGAAGGAGGAAAGAGGAGAAGUCCUCACCACCCCGCAGUUUGGCAAAAUGAAGGGAAUGUGGAAAGCUACAGAAGAUGAGAGGUCUGGGCAGCAAGGAAGACAGAAGAGAAAACAGAAGCGUCAGUUCUGGAAGAAAUUUAAGAAAAAUGGUGGUGAUAGUAAUGUACCAUCACAAAGAAAUCAAAAUGAAGCUAAUGGACCAGGAAACAGUACAUGUGAAAAAGAACAUGAAAAACAGCCUGCUUUGGAGACUCAGCCAUGCAUGAAGGACGUUGAUCCGCUCAGUUUUCUAGCAAACAGUGAUGUUGAGUCUGACAAGGAUGAAGCAGAAACUGAAGAUGCAAAGCUGGAGAUGACUGUUGUUCCCAAACAGGUCACCUCAGCCUUGAGUUCAUUGUCAGCCAACUAUGGGAGUGCCUCUGAGAGUGAGCCUGAAGAAGUCUCUGUCAAGAUUGCAACAAAAGCUGAGGAAAAUGAAGCAGCACCUCAGAGUCCUGAUGUUCCUCAGAAUCCAAAGCUGAAUCAGCAGCUUCCAGAAUCUACAGACACAAUGCUAAGAAGCUCAAACUCAAAUACAGGCUUUUCCAGAGUCCCUGAUAAAAGGGCAAAGAGAACAUUACCUCUCCUUCCAAAGCGUCGUCCGACUCUGCUGGAAAUGUUACUGGCCCAGGACAUCCGACAUGAAAGGAAUGUGAUUUUGCAGUGCGUUCGAUACAUUGUACGAAAUGAUGUGUUUGGACUUCAUUUAAAACCAGAAACAGAAGCUAAAACAGAGACUGGACAGGCCUCUAAAACUACAGCAGAGGCUUUGACGGACAAGCUUGAUGGAUCUCAUUGUUCUUGUAGCUCUGACCUUCAGUUAGCAGGAAAAGAAAAAGAUGUGUUAUUAAUAGCCCAUGGUGAGGAAGCACCCAUAUAUCAGGUAUCACAGAUGCAUCACUCUGCAGAUGAGGAGAUAUGGGAAACCCCAGCAAUUCACAGUGAAGAAGGUGUCUGAAGAUGAUAAAGGCUCAGCUUUUCUACCUGACAUCCGUUUUUCUCUUUUGGAAGACAUAAUUAUUACAAAAUCAUUAAAGUAUAUGGUGAGAACAGUUAAAACUAUGUUUCUGUUCUGCUCUGCCUGAGGUGACUGCUUCCUUGUGAAAACAGCAUCUGUGUUGAGUAAUUUUAUUUCCCCACGGCUGAAAUACAGCAGUGGCACAGAGUAUGAUCUGUCCUAGAGAAGGUGUGGAUCCCUGGUUUUGAGCUUCAGAUCUCUAAUGUUUUACUUUGGUAUGGAUGGUUUCAGUCCAUUGCCACAGCCAAAUAGUGCUGGAGUAUGGUGGAUCCUUCUCAUGUAAAAGCAUGGCCUAGAGUGUAUAUGAGUAUCUGAGCUUCUGGAGUUAUCUGAGUGUUCUGAAAUGAUUAUUCAUUACAUUUCUUUCAGCUGUUAUUGGUCUGAAGUAUAAAUGAAAAAAAAAAAAAUCCUAGUGGGAGAAAUAACUGGCUUGGCUUUAAAAGCACUGCUUGUACCAUGAGUAUCUAAUUGAACUGGGCAGAGAAAUAGAAAUGAGAGAGUGCACUGAUGCAAGAAGGAUUUAUUUUUUUUUUUUAAAUGUCAGUGUCAGUAAGUACUGCUUGUAUCAGUGCUAGAUCUGUGUUUGACCUCAGGUACUCAUCGUUACACCUUAGACCUUAACUGCUGUCAUAGGCAUUACCUGUCAGGCUUAACUCUUGAAGCAAACUCCUGGUACUGAGAGUAUUAGGUUGAUUAGAAAUGUUGCUAAGAGAUGCUUGUUUCUCUGUCCUCAGUGUUCUUUGGGUAUUUUAGUUUGCUGUCUGGAGAAAUGUCUUCCUUGGCCUGUUGGUGGAUGUUUGUACAGUAUACUGACUUCUCAUGGAUUUGUGCAUACUUGUUCUUCUGUGUGGCUGUACACACAUGAACUGUUGUGAACACCAGCAGAAAAUAAAACCAAACCAUCAGCCAA